AGAGCCACCAGAGGUUUGGGUGAGGAAGUCGAGAUUGUAGGGGUGUGGCAGGAGCCCCAGAUGAGGAAUUGGGAACCCAACUUGGCCACCAACUUGCAGAUGACCACAGAUGAGCGAGCGCCAAGAGUUCCAAGCCUCAGAUCUUGUCCUCUUCCUGGAAAACUGUAGCUCUUCCUAUGACUACGGAGAGAAUGAGAAUGACUCCUGCUGUGCCUCCCCACCCUGCCCCCAGGACUUCAGCCUGAACUUUGACCGGGCUUUUCUGCCAGUGCUUUAUGGCCUCCUCUUCGUGCUGGGGCUGCUGGGCAAUGGCGCCGUGGUGGCGGUGCUACUGAGCCAGCGGGCAGCCCGCAGCAGCACCGACACCUUUCUGCUCCACCUGGCCGUGGCUGAUGCCCUGCUGGUGCUGACCCUCCCACUCUGGGCAGUGGACACAGCCGUCCAGUGGGUCUUCGGCUCCGGCCUCUGCAAAGUGGCAGGUGCCCUUUUCAACAUCAACUUCUACGCAGGGGCCCUCCUGCUGGCCUGCAUCAGCUUUGACCGGUACCUGAGCAUUGUACAUGCCACCCAGCUCUACCGCCGGGGGCCCCCAACCCGCGUGGCCCUCACCUGCAUGGUUGUCUGGGGCCUCUGUCUGCUCUUUGCCCUGCCAGACUUCAUCUUCCUGUCAGCCCACCAUGACGAGCGCCUCAACGCCACACACUGCCAGUACAACUUCCCGCAGGUGGGCCGCUCUGCUUUGCGCCUUCUGCAGCUGGUUGCUGGUUUCCUGCUGCCCCUGCUGGUCAUGGCCUACUGCUAUGCCCGCAUCCUGGCUGUGCUGCUGGUCUCCAGGGGCCAGCGGCGGCUGCGAGCCAUGCGGCUAGUGGUAGUGGUGGUGGUGGCCUUUGCCCUCUGCUGGACCCCCUACCACCUGGUAGCCCUGGUGGACACCCUCAUGGACCUGGGGGCCCUGGCCCGCAACUGUGGCCGAGAAAGUCAUGUGGAUGUGGCCAAGUCUGUCACCUCAGGCCUGGGCUAUAUGCACUGCUGCCUCAACCCACUGCUCUAUGCCUUUGUGGGGGUCAAGUUCCGCGAGCGUAUGUGGAUGGUACUUAUGCGCCUGGGCUGCCCCGAGCAGAGAGGCCACCAGCGGCAGCCACCGUCUUCCCGCAAGGAUUCUUCCUGGUCUGAGACCACAGAGGCCUCUUACUCAGGCUUGUGAGGCUGGAUGGGGGUUCCCCUUUCACUAUGCAGCCUGACUUGCCCCCCACAGCAUGCUCCUCCCC